AUGUCCAUAACCGUAACUGGCGCCACCGGCGGCCUCGGCCGUGCUACUCUCGGAUAUUUAUCUGAAUUUACCUCCAGCACAGGUCCCUCCAUAGUGGGGACAACCCGCUCACUCUCCCGCGCACCGCAAAUUCCCAAUGCAACCUUCCGUGUCGGUGAUUUUGAUACUCCCAGCACGCUGGACACCGCAUUUGCCGGGGCUGCAAAGGUCUUAAUCGUAUCUACGGAUUCCUUCGACAACGAAAAGCGUCUAAUUCAGCACAAGAAUGCCAUUGAUGCAUGUGUGCGUGCUGGCGUUGGGAGGGUAUAUUAUACCUCUCUUGCUAUCAACGGCAAUAGGGAGAACAGUGUGAGCGAGUUACAGCAUACACACCUGGAGACGGAGAAAUUGUUGAAGGAGUCGGGAUUAUCAUACACAAUCAUCAGGGAAGGUGUAUAUACAGAGGCAUUCCCGCUCUUCCUCAGCUGGACGCCCGAAUCAAAGUCUGUUAUCCUCCCAUAUGACGGACCUAUCGCUUUUGCGUCGCGUACAGAGCUCGCUGAAGGGACGGCAAGGCUGCUGCUGUCGGACGACGAAAAAUAUGUCAACUCGACUGUGGUCUUAACAGGGCCCGAGGCUCUGACGUUGACACAGGUUGCGGAGGUCAUCCGUGGUGAGCUAGGUAAUGAGCUGGUCGUUGAGAAGGUGGGUUUGGAGGAGUAUGUAAAGGGGCUUGUAGAGCGGGGUGAGAGGCCGGAAGCGUUUGCAAGGAGUUGGGCGACAACUCUUAAGGCGUUUGAGGAUGGGGAAGCGGGAGACGUCCAUGGGACUUUGGAGGAGCUUUUGGGGAGACGGCCGAGGGGCGCGCGGGAGGUGGUGAGAGGAUUGGUGAAAGAGGGAUUGGAGAACGGCGGGUACAAGUGGCAUCAGAACGAGAAGGUGAGAGCGGCAGCGAAAUAG